UUAUGAUUUUUUUUAUUGUUGCUGCGAAUCAAAGUUGCAAAGAAAUCUGGGGACUUGAAUCGUGACAGCAUGGAUGUAUUUGGAGCGUUAUUUGGCGCAUUCGGAGUGCGUCGCCCUCCCAGGAUACGGUGCUGCUGGAGGGGGCUCGUGCUGCUCAGCCUUUUCUUUCACAGCUACCUGAGCACCUUGCUGGACUGUCCGCCCACUUGCACCUGCUCGCCCACUGAGAUCUACUGCAAUAAGUCCGACAGCAGCAAAUUCUUCCCGCUGCUGUCCUUCCCGGGCGCCGGGAGCGCUGGGAACAGCACCGGGAGCAUUGAGGAUCUUUUCCAGAACAUCACCUCCAUACACAUUGAGAACUGGACUGGUCUGCAGACCUUGAGGGAUGUCGAUAUGGAGCUCUACACUGGCUUACAGAGGCU